CGAAAUCAAUGCUAUCCGAUUAUUAUAUUGGUGACUUAAUUGAUUCCUCCAUGCAAAAUUCAUCAGGAAAAGAUAUAUCAAAUCAACAAAAAGUUCCUUGUGAUACGAAACAAUGGUUAUCAUGCCUUCUAAUCGAUAGAAAAUAUAUUAAUCAUAAUACUCGUAUUUUACGAUUUACUUUUCAAUCUCAAAAUCAUUCUUUUAGCUUGCCAAUAGGAAACCACUUCUUGGCUCGUGCUAUGAUAAAUCAACAAACUGUCAUUCGAUCCUAUACACCAAUCAAAAUAUCAUACGAUUCUCCAAGAUACUUUGAUUUACUUAUUAAAGUAUAUUUUAAGAAUACAAAUCCAAAAUAUCCAAAUGGCGGGUUAAUGUCUCAACAUAUGGAAGGGUUACGUAUUGGUGACUGCAUUGAAUUAAAGGGCCCUCUUGGUGUAUUCACAUAUAAUGGCCGUGGACAAUAUCAAAUAAAAAAUGGUACCAAAGAGACAUUACAGAAAUGCAAAAAGAUUGGUUUACUUUGUGGUGGAUCUGGUAUAACUCCUGCAUACCAAUUAAUUCAAACAGUCUUUCGAGACCCGAAAGAUAGAACUGAACUAUCUUUAAUAUACGCGAAUGUAACUGAACCCGACAUAUUGUUAAGAAAUGAAUUAGAUGAAAUCGCAAUCCGUGACAAAAGAUUCAAAGUAUAUUAUACUUUAGAUAAUCCACCUCAUGAUUGGCCUUACGGAAAAGGAUAUAUUUCUGAAACGAUGGUUCGUGAACGAUUGCAUGCUCCUAUGGAAAACGCUCAAAGCAUUGUACUGAUGUGUGGACCAAAACCAAUGUUGGAAUUUGCUUGUAUACCAAAUUUAAAGAAAAUUGGAUUCAAAACUUCAGA